AUGGGGAAAGCAGAUUCAAAGGUGAGAGAGCGAGAGGCAGAAGGUAAAGGGAAAGAGAUUGAAAAAGGUAGAGAAAUGGGCUUUCUCAGGGCAGAAAAUAUGCAGCUCUGCUUCUAUGUCUUUAAGGAAAUGAGCUAUGACCACACACCAGGGAAUCUUUGUUUUCCUCCCCUUGUUUGCCUAUGUGCCAAUGCCGUGGUGCUCUUUGGGGGCAGAAGUGAAAGCGUAGAGCAGCUGGAGAAGGUAAAGAAACAAAGAGGUAGUAACAGUGCAGCAUUCAACAAUACAGCAAGAAUGACUCAUCCCGUUUUAUACAUUGCCCUCCAACGAAGAGUUACUCUCUUCCUCUGCGCUGCCUACGGAGGUGGCAGCCAUCUCCCUCUUGGCACCGUGGCAGCCCUCAGACCCCUCGUGAAGCCCAAGAUCGUCAAAAAGAGGAACAAGAAGUUCAUCUGGCACCAGUCAGACCGGUAUGUCAAAAUUAAGCGCAACUGGCGGAAACCCAGAGGCAUCGACAACAGUGUGUGGAGGAGGUUCAAAGGCCAGAUCUUGAUGCCCAACAUAGGUUAUGGAAGUACCAAAAAGACAAAGCACAUGCUGCCCAGAGGCUUUCGGAAGUUCCUGGUGCACAAUGUUAAGGAGCUGGAGGUGCUGCUGAUGUGCAACAAGUCUUACUGUGCAGAGAUUGCUCACAUCUCCUCUAAGAACUGCAAGGCCAUCGUGGAAAGAGCAGCCCAGCUAGCCAUCCGAGUCACCAAUCCCAAUGCCAGGCUGUGCAGUGAAGAA